GAGAAAGAAAAAAUGUCAUCUUCAUCAAUCAUAUCAUGUGUAAGGUGUGAAAUCAGUUGUAAUAAUGAACUAUCUCGUCUGUUAUCAUCAACUUCACUGAUCUCUCUCUCGCUCAUUGCAUUGAUCUGCUAAGCAAAUGGCUGGAUUUCUCACUGUCUCCGGUCCUGGGAGACUACUCCAUCCUUUCAAUUACCACCGAUUAUCUUCCGUUCAUCCAUCUACAGUCAUAAUCCAGAGAACUUCAACCAAUUCCAAACGUCAUUUAUUCGUUCACGAUAAACUCUGCUGCAAGUUCUUACAUGUGGGUUGUCCAUCAUUAAUCCCACCGCUCAAUAAAAGGCUCAAACGGGUCCCUGCUUCUGAUUCCGACAAUCGCCAGGGGGAGGGCAGUGAUAGUUUAGAGGAAUGGGAUGUGAUGACAGCAAAGUUUUCGGCAGCUGCAAGUGUGCCAUUUCUGCUCCUGCAAUUACCCCAGAUCAUACUCAAUGCUCGUAAUCUUUUGGCAGGGAAUAAGACAGCACUUUUUGCUGUUCCUUGGCUGGGAAUGCUCACUGGAUUGCUGGGAAAUCUAUCGUUACUAUCUUAUUUUGCUAAGAAGAAGGAAGUUGAGGCGGUUACAGUGCAGACACUUGGUGUAAUAUCCACUUAUGUUGUUAUUGUUCAGCUGGCAAUGGCUGAAGCUAUGCCUUUGCCUAUUUUCAUAAUCAUCUCGGUCGUUGUUGCUUCUGGUCUCCUAUUAAAUUUCUUGAGUUUCUUUGGUUGGCUUAGUCCUGGAUUGUGGCGAGCUUGGGAAGAUUUUACUACUAUUGGAGGUCUUUCUGUGCUCCCACAAGUUAUGUGGUCAACUUUUGUACCAUUUGUACCGAAUAGUAUUUUGCCUGGAGGAGUGUCUUUUGUUAUAGCUGUGACAGCUGUUACUUUGGCACGAAUGAACAAACUUUCCAAGAAAGGUGUAGAGUUUAUCGGAGCAGUUUCAGGAUGGACUGCUACACUUCUUUUCAUGUGGAUGGCAGUUGCACAAAUGUGGACUAAUUUCCUGAACCCGGAUAACAUCAAAGGUCUAUCGGCUUUCUCAAUGUUGCUUGGAAUGCUUGGGAACGGGCUAAUGAUACCACGUUCUCUCUUUGUACGCGAUUUAAUGUGGUUUACUGGUUCAGUUUGGGGAUCUCUCUUUUAUGGAUGGGGAAAUCUCUUAGCUCUAUACUGCUUUAACUGCAUUAGCAAGGAAUUCUUCUUGGCAGCAACAGCAGGCGCGUGCCUUUGGAUAGGCUUCUCUUUCUGGAAAGACACCGAGGUUUAUGGACACGGUUCGCCUUUGACAUCUUUGAAGGAGUUAGUUUGUGGCCGUUAGUUUUCAUUUCAUUUUAAUUAUUUUUAACAAAUUUCAUAUGUUGUUAUUUGUUUGUUUUUGUGGAACAACUUUCCCCUGAAAAGGUAAGAUAUUGGUAAAAUAUUUAUCAUUGCUAGUGUAGCCUGAAUAGUGAAGCUGUUGAAACCUUGAAGUGAAUUCAACUCAUACAUAAUGGAUUGUUUAUUUCAUUUUUA